AUGUCUUCUGUUUGGAAGACUCCAUGUGGAUCAGAUGCAGUGCCUGAGAUGGUGGUGAAAAUCAUUGGAAGUAAACACUUUUGGUACCUCGUGGAGAAGCCAAAGAUCAAGGAAAAUGAGAACUUGAAGGCAGAAAUUCAAACAGUACUCCAGAAAUCCAUGAUUGGUAGUGCAAGACAGAUGAGCAGAGACUCCCCAGUUCCUACUAAUCCUACUGAUCAUCAAAUCAACCAUGACCCAGAUGAUGAGGAAGAAAACAAGCACCAAGAGAACAACCAGAGCCCAGAGAACAACCAGAAAUUCCUCACAGGAGCACUCACAGGCAGAUUUCUGGAUGGCAAAAUUCCCAUCCAGGCAAAUGUCCAUUGUAGCUCAGUACCAACUGGAGACCAGUCCCUAUCCUAUAUCCAUGGCCUCCCCGGGAGAAACCUAGACUGGUCUUUGGAACAGAUGGCAAGGGACAGCUCUGACCAACCUAAAGAUUUUGGCCAGAGGCCAAGUGGAACAACAAGAGAAGACGCUUUUCUUCUUGCCCUGGUCAGAAGAGAACUCAGCUCGCGCCCUUUGAGUUCUGGCUUCCUAGAAAAGCUUCAGAAAGAGCUGAAGAUCCUGGAUCCUAUCUCUUCAGGAUUUCUUCUCCAGUCUCAGCUAAGCCACCUUUUCUUAAGACAGGAAGUCCCUCUACAGUUACCAAUAGUCAAGAUCCUUUGCCAGAGAUUUUCUAAGAGGGGCUCUCCAGAAAUGGUGAGCUAUGGAAAACUCCUCUGGUUUUUAAAAGCUGCAGCUUCAGGUGACUCCCAGCAAAGCCAAAGAGUUGUGGGCAGCAAUGGGAACAAGAGUCAGAGUUAUCACGAUCAUGGCCAAGGUACUGCUCGUCAAGAUGCCAGCCCACAGUCAGAAGUGAGCAAGAGCCUGUCGGAGAUCUUGAUGGCACUAAGGACAACUAAUGGGAAACUCAACAUAGAGAACCUCAGUCGGAAUUUUCAAAAAGAAGAUCGCUCAUUUUCUGGCUCCCUGCCCCUACCCAAGGUCAGGGCUAUAUGCAGAAAACAUGGAUUAUAUCUGACUUUGAGUUUUCUGGAAACAUUGCUAAGCCACCAGAAUUUGGGUUAUCAUGGUGAAAUAAAAUGGCAGAAUUUUGUUGAACUGUUGAGUAAAGCUUCCUCCAAUUUGCCACAUGAUUUGCCUACAGGAAAGAAAGCAAAAGAAACCUCUGCCACUACCAUGCAGGCUGAAGCUGCAAAGAUAUCUCAAGGCAGAACAGAACAUAUGAAAAUUCCAGAAGAGGAGCUGCAACCAGAAAACCCUCCUGCUGAGAUUUCAGCCCCCAAAGAUCCCCUGAAAGCUUUGAAGGUCAGGCCAAUCUCACAGCCUUUCGUGACUCCAAUGAUGAAGAACGAGCCUGAAGAAUAUGAGACAUGGAUUGACAGGUUCAGGAAGCUGGAAAAUGCCCUCUACCUGUGUGACCUGACUAAUACAGGAGUCCUGGAAAAGGAACGGGCCAGACGCCUCAUUCACAACUACAAUCUCAUUUACAACCUGUCCCUGAGCCCUCGGAAAAUCGACCAAGCCUUGAGGAGAUUCCGUGCGGGAGAAAAUAUGCUCUUGGAGCCAGCACUCCAGUACUUAAAGGAGCUAUGA